UCCGGGUUCAGGCGCAGAGUUUUGCCGAGGGAGAAAAACCCUGAGGAGGGGGCGGCCGGGGUUGGCGAUGGCGACCUACAGCCUGGCCAACGAGAGGCUCCGCGCGCUGGAGGACAUCGAACGGGAGAUCGGCGCCAUUCUUCAGAAUGCAGGUACCGUGAUCCUGGAGCUGUCCAAGGAGAAGACCAACGAGCGGCUGCUGGACCGGCAGGCGGCGGCCUUCACGGCGUCGGUGCAGCACGUGGAGGCCGAGCUGUCGGGGCAAAUCCGCUACCUCACCCAGGUGGCCACCGGGCAGCCCCAUGAGGGCUCCAGCUACUCUUCGAGGAAGGACUGCCAGAUGGCCCUGAAGCGAGUGGACUAUGCCCGUCUCAAGCUCAGCGAUGUGGCCCGAACCUGUGAGCAGAUGCUGGAAAACUAGUCCCACAAGCUAGAGCGAGAACUUGGAAGAAGGCCACCACCAGCACCCGGGACAAAGAGACCUGUGGCGUGGGACAUCAGGGCUGCCACUUUGGGCCCGGCCGGGCAGGGUGUAGGGGGCAGAAGGUGGGGAUGGUGACACUUGAAGAUCAGGUGGCCGGACUCCUCCCACAGGUGCUCCUGCAGGUGCGCCAGGAAGUGCUGACAAGCUCAGACAGAGAUCAGACCGCCAGCACACUUCCUCCAACACCCCGUGCCCUACCCCAGGCUUCUGUAGACUGGACCAGCGAAGGCACAUCCUUCUUCAUGGAAAGAGACAAAAGCAGAACCAGGGGUUUUAAUUAAAAAAAAAA